AUGGCGUCCAGAUCAGUAAUAUUGGCACAGAACAGCGUGAAGUUGUUGAAUUCCCUGGAAGCAAAAAGAAUCCACUUUGGUCUUGCACAGUGCAGUAAAAUCCGUGAUGUCGGGGACAAGGCCCAAGGUGUGGUUGGCGCAGCCAUGGAAAAAGUGAGCAAAGCUGGAGAAGCUAUCAAGGAGAAGGUGGCUCCAGCUGGACAAGGCAAUAGGUUCAUGGAAGAAACAGGCUAUGAAAAUGCGAAGGAAGCCGCUGCCAGUGCCAGAGACGCUACGCAGUCUGGUAAGGGAACGUACGAGGGUGGUGUUCGUCAGACUGAAAAGGAUAUUCGCCGAGAAACAGAACGAAGGAUGGAACAUGCUAAGAAGGUAGUAGAGGAGAAGGUAGAUGAAAAGAGAACUUCCCAGAAUAGCUUGAUUACGGAAUUUCAUCGACGUCCAUGGAGCCAGCUUCAAAUUGCUUGUAUACAGUUUGACAAAGACACAAUGUAUGAUUUCGCGACAGCAUACCACCGCAUCACCUUUCCUCCUAGAAUCUUCCCCAUUCGAUGGACUAGCGCGGGAGUUCUUUUCACGAAUCCAUUUGUCUCAUGCGAGAUCAGCGUUUCCCGUUCAAUGCAGAUAGCUUGGACCUUAGGAGAAGAGCAUCUAUAAAUUACACGUUCUCACGCAGUAAUCUUUAGCCUUGAAAAUUAUUGACAACUU